CCCGGGAGCAAGUACUCCCUCCGAGGACGGAUGGCCCUGUGUGGGGAGACAGUGUGAGGCUGGGGCAGAUAUCCCAGACAGUUCAAGUCAAGGUUGUUGGAAGCAAUUUUCUCAACAGUAGAAAGUGUGAUUUGCUCAGGAAGGGUCGUGGAGCAGAGCUGGUGCCGUCUUGGCCUGAGACCUCUGGCUGGGCCAGCAGAAGCAACGGUGUGGCUGAGAAGGCCUUAAGUCAACAGUGGCCUGGUCCUGACCCUUUCCCAGCCUCUGCACCAAGGUUCCAUCCGAGGGAACGAGCCUCCCACGAGGACUGAGCUAACGAGGCCCCGAUGGGCAGCCCGGUGCUAGGGGGACCAGGUGCUUCUGUCAUCACGAUAACAUGGACAAUCCCCCCACCCCGGUGUUGGGGGACCUACAACCCGAUGGCUACAGACAAGAGGAGCAGACACCAGCACAAAUGGCCGCCCAGGCCCUCCUCUACCUGCUCAUCUUGGUGGUCGGCCUACCUCUCAACGCCCUGGUGCUGGCACUGGUCUCCAAGUCCCAGCCCCUGAGGAGCAUCACCAACAUGUUCGUGGCAUCCCUGGCACUGGCUGACCUGCUGCUCCUGCUGCUUGGCCCUCCCUUUGUCCUCGCCGCCAUCAUUGCCCAGGCGUGGCCACUGGGCGCAACAUUCUGCCAGAUCUUGGGCUUCCUCACCUUCUCCUUGAGGCUGGUUUCCAUCCUGUGCGUGGCAGGGAUUGCGGUGGACAGGUACUAUGUGAUCGCCAGGCCUUUUGUACUCACCAUCACCAGAGAGAAAGCAAAGAGGAUGAUUGCCUUCCUGUGGUGGGCCGGACUCCUCUGUGGAUUGCCACCAUUUUUUGGUGUAGGCCUCUAUCGGUUUUCCCCCUCCAAGUGUUUGUGUGACUACAGUUGGCCGGACGGAGGUUCCAGCCUCGCUUACGGCAUCUACCUUUUUAUCUGGGUGUAUCUGACCUCUGUGGUGGUAGUCACCAUCUCCUAUUGCUUGAUCUACCGAAUUACACGGAAGCGCCUGUCGGCCAAGGCCCAGCGGUUUGCCAGCAGCCUGUCCUCUAGACAGGAAGGCAGCUUGGUCCUCACAGAGCCGAGGCCCCUCAGACUACUGCAGGCCAGCCUUCCGCGCAAGUGGGCCAGCCUCAUCUCCUCCAACUCGACCUUUAACCUGAGCGCCGGGAGUGCGUCGGACAUGGCGCUGGAGUCCAGAACGGUAAAGACCAUUGUUGGAGUGGUGACCACCUUUGUUCUCACCUGGCUGCCGUACUUCGCCUCCAGCCUUCACCGCCGAACUCCCUCCGGGAGUGGGUCUGCCAGGAUGCUGGACUUCCUCGUGACCUGGCUGACCUUCAGCAACUGCGUCCUGGACCCAGUUCUGUACGCUCUGCUGAACCGACAGUUUAGACGUCGUGCCAGGGAGUGGUGGAGCCAGUGGUUCAGAGUCUCUUCCCCACGGGCACCAGAGGAGGCCGCAGCACCACCCGCUCAAGGUGUGAGCAGAACCAACGUGGAAACCAGCACAGCUCCCUUCUCCAUUUCACGAGGCUCCUGUACUUCCUAUCUGAUGGUAACAAUGAGAAGAGGACACAUACUGGGCGAUGGGAGUCAUUAAUGAUGGAUGACACCUUUUUUGAAGAUGACCUCUUGUAGAAAGCCUCAGUCUGAACCCUUCCUGUGAGCAGCAAGUCCCACAGGCCGGCCACUCUCUGGGAGAAGGAGCCAUACUCUCAUGUCUAAAUGUCGUUUGGCUGGAUAACAACGAGGUUUCAACACUUUCAAACCUGAGUUAAACUCUUAUGUCAGGGGUUUGAUUGGAAUCAGAAUCAGGUUUAACAACUUUGGCAUACAUCAUGAAAUACGUGGUUUUGAGGCAGGAGCACAUUGCAAUACAUAAUAAAAAAAGCUAUAAAUUACAAAAAAAAUGAAUAAAAUAAAAAAAUGAUGCAGUGCUCAUGGGUUCAUGGUCCAUUUAGUAGUCUGGUGGCAGAGGGGCAGAGCUGUUCCUAAAACAUUGAGUGUGUGCGUGCUCAGGCUCCUGUACCUCUCUGAUGGCAGCAGUGAGAAGAGGGAAAGUCCUGUGUGAUGGAGGUCCUUAAUACUGGGUGCCACCUUUAUGAGGCAUCGCUGUUUGAAGAUGCCACUUUAUGCUGGUUACAGGACAGUGCAGUCCUGAAGUUUGCAAUGUUGCACCUCUGCUUGCUCAGGUAACAGCGGGGCCUGUUCAUGCCAAGUCCUGCUCUUCACAAUCACUGUACCACUCUGGAACACGUGAUCCAGAUAUCCACAGAGUCUGGUGUGGUCCUGAGGGCUGGAAUAUUGGAAAUGUGCACAACCAUGUUCAAAGAAGGGUGUAAGGAAAAUGGACCAGUUAGGUAAACUCAGCAGUGCUGAAACUUAGAAAUUAACAGGGACUGGUCAGAAGACACCUUCAUGGAUAUGCUAAAGAUUGUGUCAAACCUUAGUGAGGAUCUCUGAUGAAGUAACAUAGAGGAUCCACGGAGGAAACACCAGCAGCAGUGGUGGAUGAAGGUGUGAUUGCAACAUUUAAGGGAAGCUUGGUUAUGGAGGGCUGUGCUCCAGGUGCAGGUUGAUGGCACUAGGAAGAACAACAGUUUGGCACAGACUAGAUGGGCUGAAUUGCCUUUUUCUACACUGUGGUGCUUUAUGACUGUAAAUCUCCCUUAACAGUGGUUAAGGAGCAGGUGGGACUCUGAGCUUCACAAAUAGCGGCAUUGUGUGAAGGAGCAAAUUAGUGACAAGGAAACCUUGGUUUGUCCACAACUGAGUGCCACAUAUUAGGAAAGAAGGGAAAUGUUUGGAGAGGGUGGAGAUUUCCCAAAAUGACUGCAAGUCUGCCUUAAUUAUGUGGGUAGAAAGAACACAGCAUGAUAGCAUAGCGGUUAGCAUAAUGCCUUUACACUGCCCGCAAACUCGGUUUCAAUUCCUGCCGCUGUCUGUAAGGAGUUUGUACGUCCACCCUGUGACCGUGUGGGUUUCCUCUGGGUGCUCUAGUUUCCUCCCACAGUCCAAACGCAUAUGCGUUCAUAGACGUACGGGUUAAAGCAGUUGGGUGGCAUGGGCUUGUUGGGCCUGCUACCGUGCUGGAUCACUGAAUAAAUAAACAAAAGAACUACAAUUGGAGCGAGAGUUGAAACUGGUUCUGCCAGCCAUUUGUUGAAGCUGGAGUUGUUCACUGGUCACUGGUUAGUGAGUCAGAGGCCGGUGCGACCGAGUAAAUGGAAAUGGUUCUCAUUACCAGAGGACCCUGAACCCAGAAGUCAUGCACAGAGAGAACGACAAAUCUGACAUAGGAUUUCCUUUAUUUUAAACAUGGAGCGUUUUGGGUUGGAAUGUCCUGCCAUGGAAAUCGUGGAGACAGAUGGCAUGGCAGAGUUUGGAUGGAUUUCCGAGUGGAAAGGAUUUGCAGGGAGAGGGAGUCAAUUGUGUAGCUGACCCUGACAUAAUGGGCCGAAUGGCCUCCUUCCAAGCCAUAACAGUUCUGCGAUUCUUCAGAGUUGCAGUCUGCCUAAUUCCCACCUUCUCCGGUCUGUGUCAUUCCGAGGCUUUGGAAAUUUUCCAGGCAUGUUUACACCCCAAACUGCUUGGCGGGAGGCCCAGACUGACAGCUGGGGUGUCAGUGGAGGCCGGUGGGAGGGGCAGGGCAAUCCUAAUCCUGGCCGGCCCCCACUAUGCUCACAGGAGGCAGUCAGAGCCUAAACACUUCGGUUGGGGGCUUCACCGUCCCCUCCCCAUUCUUGCCUCACCUGCCCCUGCCUCAGCUCCUCCAACAGUAGGUAAUGCCGGAUUAGAUGGAAAACAGAACAAUGGGAAAAAUGAGAUGGGUGGGGAGUCUGGGAUCCCAGUCAGGGGCUGUAGCAGGAACCGACGGAGGCAUCUGAUUACAAGGAACAGAGGGAAUGGAGGAGGGGUGGUG